AUGGAUCUCGCGUUGCAUUUGGGAAUGGCAGUGAGAAUGUACAGUAAUGUUGGAUCCCAACCCGGGGUACCGCAGCCUCAAACGACCUUGCCGCCAAAUCCUUUCGGGAGUGCGUUUAAUGUUGCUGGUUCAGGGCUCAUUCGAGGCGGAUUGGGUGCUUAUGGAGGGAAAAUAUUAGGAUCGAGCUCUGAGUAUGUCCAAAGCAAUAUAAGUCGGUAUUUCUCUGAUCCUCAAUACUACUUCCAAGUGAAUGACCAUUACGUCAAGAACAAAUUGAAGGUGGUUUUGUUUCCAUUCCUGCACAGGGGUCAUUGGACUAGAAUAACUGAGCCAGUCGGGGGUAGGCUCUCUUAUAAGCCACCAAUUUAUGACAUAAACGCACCAGACCUAUACAUUCCACUAAUGGCAUUUGGUACAUAUGUCAUUUUAGCUGGCCUCUCAUUGGGUCUUCAUGGAAAGUUUAGUCCAGAAGCUUUGAACUUGUUAUUCAUCAAGGGAUUGCUUGGUUGGUUUAUGCAAGCUGCACUUCUUAAGGUGACUCUACUUUCAUUGGGCAGUGGGGAAGCACCCCUUCUGGACAUUAUUGCGUAUGCUGGGUAUACUUUCACUGGCAUAUGUUUAGCUGUUCUUGGAAGAAUAAUAUUGGGUUACUCCUACUACUUUCUGAUGCCAUGGACCUGUUUAUGCAUGGGAGUCUUCUUGGUGAAAACAAUGAAGAGAGUUCUUUUUGCUGAGGUCAGGAGUUAUGACUCAAGCAAACACCACUAUCUCUUGCUCUUUAUUGCUUUGGUUCAGUUCCCAUUGUUCACAUGGCUUGGCAACAUUACUAUCAAUUGGCUUUUAUAG